AUGCUCCGAGAGCGGGUCCCGUUCGAUUUCGGCCAGGCCGCAGCCUUCGAGGAAACCACGAAGUAUGGAAGGAAGGAAGGAGGCGAGACCCGCCGCGACGGAGUCGUAGUUUUCAUGGUCAGGGUGCUGGUAAAAUUGCCCGUGAGCAACACAAGCGAAUCUAUUGGGAGACUUGAAGUGGCAUAUCCUUUCCGGUUUCCCCCCACCCCACUAUCGAUCCAAGGCAGUACCUGUUAG